GGUCACUGUACUGGAUGGACUUCUGAGCUAUUGAAUUACUUCUGUCAUUUGACCAUACCAGGAAAUUGUCCAUGGAGAUGAAAUAUUUAUUAUAGUAACUUCUGGCCUUACAUAAUUAAGGUUGAAUGCGUUUGGGAACUUGAUGCAUAAAAUUUGCACAACUCCUCACUUUGCGGAUCUGUCAUUGGAUUUGAGCCAGCAUGGCUCACACCACAAAGGUUAACGGCUGCACCUCAGUAAAAGCAGAUGAUGUUCUGAAUGGAGACCAUGACAAAGAACAGAAAGACCCUUAUUUUGUGGAGACACCCUAUGGUUAUCAACUAGACUUAGAUUUCCUCAAAUACGUGGAUGACAUACAAAAGGGAAACACCAUCAAGAAACUGAACAUCCAGAAGAGACGGAAGCCAUCUGUGCCAUGCCCAGAACCCAGGGCCACGCCUGGUGUAUGGACUUCCACUGAAUCCCUCUCAUCCUCCAACAGCGAUGACAACAAGCAGUGUCCUAACUUCCUCCUAGCCAGAAGCCAAGUAACAUCAACUCCAAUAUCAAGACUACCUGCCCCUCUGGAGACCUCACCCCCUUUUCUUACCAUCCCAGAAAAUCGACAGCUUCCCCCUCCCUCACCACAACUCCCCAAGCACAACCUUCAUGUCACCAAGACACUGAUGGAGACCAGGAGAAGACUCGAACAGGAGAGAGUCACCAUGCAGAUGGCACCGGGUGAGUUCAGAAGGCCCAGGCUGGCCAGUUUCGGAGGCAUGGGCUCCACAAGCUCCCUCCCUUCCUUUAUGGGUUCUGGAAACCAUAAUCCUGCCAUGCACCAGGUUCAGAAUGGAUACCAAGGCAAUGGGGAUUAUGGUGGCUAUGCCCCAGCUAUUGCUACCACUUCCUCCAUGGGGAGCUCCAUCCGCCACAGUCCCCUGAGCUCAGGGGUCUCCACCCCAGUGACCAAUGUGAGCCCCAUGCACCUGCAACACAUCCGUGAGCAGAUGGCCAUUGCCCUGAAACGCCUGAAGGAGCUUGAGGAGCAGGUGCGAACCAUCCCUGUGCUCCAAGUGAAGAUCUCAGUCUUGCAAGAGGAGAAAAGGCAGUUGGCCUCCCAGCUGAAAAACCAAAGGGCUGUAUCCCAGAAUGAUGCCUGUGGUAUGAGGAAGCGGUCUUACAGUGCAGGGAAUGCCUCCCAGCUGGAGCAGCUCUCCCGGGCCCGGAGAAGUGGUGGAGAAUUAUACAUUGACUACGAGGAGGAAGAGAUGGAGAGCGUGGAGCAGAGCACGCAGAGGAUAAAGGAGUUCCGGCAGCUCACGGCAGACAUGCAGGCCCUGGAGCAGAAGAUCCAGGACAGCAGCUGUGAGGCCUCCUUGGAGCUGAGGGAGAAUGGAGAGUGUCGGUCAGUGGCUGUGGGUGCUGAGGAGAAUAUGAAUGACGUUGUUGUGUACCACAGAAGCUCAAGGUCCUAUAAGGAUGCAGCCGUGGGGACAGUCAUCGAAAUGAGGAAUUGUGGUAUCACUGUGACAGAGGCCAUGCUUGGAGUGACCACUGAAGCUGAUAAAGAAAUUGAGCUGCAACAGCAGACCAUCGAAGCCUUAAAGGAAAAGAUCUACCGCCUGGAAGUACAGCUGAAAGAAACCACCCAUGACUGGGAAAUGACUAAACUAAAACAAGAACUGCAGGCUGCAGGGUCGAGGAAAAAAGUUGACAAAGCCAUGGUGGCCCAGCCGCUUGUUUUCAGCAAGAUGGUAGAGGCAGUGGUGCAGACCCGAGACCAAAUGGUGGGCAGUCACGUGGAUGUGGUGGACACAUGUGUCGGGACCUCUGUGCAAACAAAUAGUGUAGGCAUCUCCUGCCAGCCUGAGUGUAAGGAGAAAGUCUCGGGGCCCGAGCUGCCCAUGAAUUGGUGGAUUGUUAAGGAGAGAGUAGAAAUGCAUGACCGAUGUACUGGGAGGUCUGUGGACUCGUGUGACAAGAGUGUAGGCAUGGAAGUCAGUGUCUGUGAAACAGGCAGUAACACAGAGGAGUCUGUGAACGACCUGACACUCCUCAAGACAAACUUGAACCUCAAAGAAGUGCGAUCUAUUGGUUGUGGAGACUGUUCUGUUGACGUGACUGUCUGCUCUCCAAAGGAGUAUACCUCCCGGAGUGUGAGUACUGAGGCUGUUGGCCAGCUGGAAGCUGCUGUCAUGGCAGUGCCUCAUACCACUGACCAGCACACUAGCAUGGUUCUGGAACAGGUGAACCAGUCCACCAACACCGAGACGGCCACCCUCGUAGAAUCCUGUACAAACACUUCCCUAAGCACUUCGGACAAGCAGACCAGCACCCAGGCUGUGGAGAUGCGGACAGUGGCCAUAGGAGAAGGCCGUGUCAAGGAUGUCAACUCCUCCACCAAGAUGCGGUCCAUUGGUGUGGGGACAUUGCUUUCUGGCAGUUCUGGGUUUGAUAGGCCAUCGGCUGUGAAGACCAAAGAAUCGGGCGUGGGGCAGAUCAAUAUUAACGACAACUAUCUGGUUGGUGUGAAAAUGAGGACCAUAGCUUGUGGGCCCCCGCAGUUGGCUGUGGGGCUAGUGGCCAGCAGGAGGAGUGUGGGUGUUGGGGACGAGCCUGUAGGGGAGCUCCUUGAGAACCUCCAGCCCCAGCCUCCAUCUGGGAUGAUGACUGGUUUGGAUCACUACAUUGAACGGAUCCAGAAGCUGCUGGCAGAACAGCAAACGCUGCUGGCUGAGAACUAUAGUGAACUGGCAGAAGCUUUUGGGGAGCCCCACUCCCAGAUUGGCUCCCUCAAUUCACAGCUCAUUAGUACCUUGUCAUCCAUCAAUUCCGUCAUGAAGUCUGCAAGUGCUGAAGAGCUGAGGAACCCUGACUUCCAGAAAACCAAUCUAGGUAAAAUCACAGGAAGUAACGUGGAAUACACCUGUAAAUGUGGAGGCCUGCAGUCGGGAGGGCCAUUAAGCACCCAGAGAUCAUGGCCUGAGCAGGAGGUGGGGACGACGGAAGGAAAGGCCCUCAACCACCAGGACACCUUCCCCACUGAGCAAUGCACACUGUCUCCAGUGAACCUGACAGAUGACCAAAUAGCCGCUGGCUUCUAUGUAUGUACAAAUAACGAAAGUACGCUGAAGUCCAUCAUGAAGAAGAAAGACGGUAACAAAGACGCAAAUGGCACGAAAAAGAAUCUUCAGUUUGUUGGCAUUAAUGGAGGGUAUGAAACAACUUCAAGUGAUGAUUCCAGCUCAGAUGAAAGCUCUUCUUCCGAGUCAGAUGACGAGUGUGAUGUCAUUGAAUAUCCUCCCGAGGAAGAGGAGGAGGAAGAGGAGGAGGAAGACACCCGGGGGAUGGCCGAAGGGCACCAUGCAGUUAAUAUUGAAGGUUUCAAGUCUGCCAGGGUGGAAGAUGAAAUGCAGGUUCAAGAAUGUGAACCUGAGAAGGUGGAGAUCAGAGAGAGGUACGAGUUAAGUGAAAAGAUGUUGUCUGCAUGCAACUUAUUGAAAAAUAAUAUAAACGACCCCAAAGCUUUGACCAGCAAAGACAUGAGGUUCUGUCUGAACACCCUCCAGCACGAGUGGUUCCGCGUGUCCAGUCAGAAGUCGGCCGUUCCAGCCAUGGUGGGGGACUACAUAGCUGCCUUUGAGGCCAUCUCCCCGGAAGUCCUCCGCUACGUCAUCAACAUGGCCGAUGGCAAUGGCAACACGGCCCUCCAUUACAGCGUGUCCCACUCCAACUUUGAGAUUGUGAAGCUGCUUUUGGACGCUGAUGUGUGUAACGUGGAUCACCAGAACAAAGCCGGCUAUACCCCCAUCAUGCUGGCCGCCCUGGCUGCUGUGGAAGCAGAGAAGGAUAUGCGGGUUGUAGAAGAACUCUUCGCCUGUGGAGAUGUGAACGCCAAAGCCAGUCAGGCAGGGCAGACGGCCCUCAUGCUGGCGGUCAGUCAUGGGCGGAUAGACAUGGUGAAGGGCCUGCUGGCCUGUGGGGCUGACGUCAACAUCCAGGAUGAUGAGGGUUCCACAGCCCUCAUGUGUGCCAGUGAGCAUGGGCAUGUGGAGAUCGUGAAGCUGCUGCUGGCCCAGCCAGGUUGCAACGGCCACCUGGAGGACAACGACGGCAGCACCGCGCUCUCGAUAGCCCUGGAAGCAGGACACAAGGACAUUGCUGUUCUUCUCUAUGCCCACGUCAACUUUGCGAAGGCCCCAUCUCCGGUCAGUGUUGUGCAUUUGGCAUUUGCAAAUAGGCUGAAGUCCACCAGGCUGGCAGACCCUCCGUCCUCCGGGAAUUGAUAGGAGACAUGAGAGGUUUUGUAUUGAUUCUAAAAAUGGAAGUUUCGAUAUGGAGUUUUAAGAGUUCAUUGUGUCUGCCCCACCCUGAAGGCCAGGAGAGCUAAUAUUUAGCAGAGGCUGGGCCCUGCCUGCCUGAAGGUUUUCCUUACAUCCUCACAUUGAGGUUUUUAUUCUGUGCAGAAUUAUCCAAAUUAUACCCCGAGCCCAGGGAUUCAUAUCACCACGGGGCUUGGCUUUGUUCCUACAGCAGACGGUGGGCAGUCUGUAGUCUGGAGCUUGCUCUGAGUGGGCAGUUGAGUUGGAUAUGGCACUGCUGGGCUUGCCUGACCUUGGAGCCAAGUCUGCUGCUAUGGACAUCUGUUCCCUGGUCUCAGCCAGAACUUUCAAGGCUCUGGCUCACAGGUGGUUGUUGGCUGUGAGGGACAGUGCUUUUAUGUCACAGAGAACACAUCUGCUGAGGAUACUUAUUAAUCCCCAAUGUUUUUCCUUUCCUGAUGUCUAGGGCACCCCUAGGCUUGGAAGGAAGACGUCUCCUGGCCCCACCCACCGAGGUUCAUUUGAUUGAUUACAUGCAAAUAGCUCUCCAUUUACAUGCCACCAUUAAGCUGCUAAUUGUUCCUGUUGGGUUGACAGAUACUGAAUGUAUAUGUAUUGUGCCUGAGCUCACCAGCAAACAGAAGCACAAAGCCGAGGGCUAAAGGCUGAAGCUUUCCCAGUGCAGAGACUGCCAGCCUGGGCGCACACACCUCCUUUCUGGCCAUCUUCUCUGUGGAGGGCACACUUUAACCCACUCUCUGCUGCUGCUGAGUCUCUGCUCCGUUAUGUACAGUGGUAGUAAAUUGUAACCUGAGCUGAAAGGGCACUGCCUCCUCUCUACUCACCCCUUCCCCCCACCACCACCACCACUAAAGAAAUGUAAGGUUCUCAUUGGCAUCAUGUUUUAAAAUUUUCCACAAAUAUUUAUAUGUACAAAACGCAGAACCCUUGGAAACCUCUUCCAAAAUUCCAUUCCAGGGUGGUUUUGUUGAUGUUUUCUUUUGUCUUUAUUAUUCUUAAAUAAGGAAAUUGAGAUGGUUUUGACUAUCAGCAACUUGAGCCUGGACUGGUAGUUCCUGAUGUAAGAAUAGAAAAUAGAACUCUCAAAAAGCAUAAAACUUAUACAAAAGGAAGUAUUUUUAGUUGGAUGUAUUAUAUGACUUUUUAUAUAAAAGGUAUCUAUAUGAAAUUGACACAGUAUUUUCAACUUUUAUAUUCUAUAGUAAUUAAAGACGUGAAGAACUAUGUAACAUUACCCUAUUUUUAUUAAUAACUUGCACAACCCUGUCUGCAUCUAUUGGUAAAGGUUGGAUUGUGUUAGAGGAAUUGGCUAUAUAUUUGCCUCUAGAGAAACAUAGUGUAGUUCUCUAUGUAUUUAUGGAUUGAUUUCCUUUAUACCAUGUCACAUUUACUUUGGUCUUCUAUGUAUUUAAAUGUUUGAAGUGCCUUAGACUCUUGCCAUAUUUCCAAAAUAAAAUUUCAUUAAGC